CACCAUGCGAAUUCAGUCGAUUACCAUGGCUGCAAAUAAUCCUAGCACAAACAUGUCUUAUGGGAGUUUUAGAUCACUUGACUCACCUGAUAGUGAUUUUUCAAACCAGCUAAUUAACUUUGAGCUUUCUGACAUUUUUGAGCUCGAUAAUUGGCCAGUUCAUGAUGAUCCAACGUCCGUUGUUUCUGACACUUCUCAGUAUUCAAAUUAUGCAGCAAAUGAAGUGGUUGCCACUGAGAGAAGCAGGAGUUACCGUGAAGGACCUAGCAACAACAUUGGGAGCAGCAGCGAGAGGAAGGAAGUAAAGGACAAGGUUGCUUUCAAAACACUGUCGCAGAUUGAGAUACUAGAUGAUGGCUAUAAGUGGAGAAAGUAUGGAAAGAAGAUGGUGAAAGAUAGUCCAAACCCAAGGAAUUACUAUAGGUGCUCCAUUGAAGGUUGUCCAGUGAAGAAGAGAGUUGAACGAGACAAAGAGGACUGUCGGUAUGUGAUAACCACCUAUGAGGGUGUCCACAACCAUCAAGGUCCUUCGCAGUUCUGAUUCCUGUAACAGAGCAUGAAUUUUGAAGUUACUAUGACUGUUGCAAAGUAGCUAAUCAGGGUUGUACUAGUAAAUUGGGUCACCUAUACUGUUUCCGGUGUUUAAACCUGACAGCUUGGCGAGUUCAUAACCUAUCACUGUGGGCUCAGACAAAGACGUCUCUCUGUAACUUAAAAGUAAUCAAUUAGAACAGUCUGUGCUCUUCAGUAGGCAUGCAUCUUGCUUCCAACAGGAUAUAUAUAUAAUAUAUGUUAUAGCAUUACCAAAUGACAUGGUAAUCUUCAGUGUUGAAA